AUGAACGGCACCUUGUUCCGCUACGGCCCCGCGGCGCCGCAAGUCGCGUUCCGGUCCCCCGCUGCAGCCGCUUCCGCGCACCCGCCGGGGCCUCAGCUGCGGCGCCACCUGGUGCUGGUCGCGGGGCUCACAGAGGGCCUGCUCUUCGCGCCCUACGCCCAGCAGCUGGCGGACGCGGCGGCGCGCGCCGGCUACGCCUUGGUCCAGGCGCAGCUCGCCUCGUCAUACCAG